CCAAGUGGCGAAUAAUUACCAUGUUGAGCCUCUAACUUGAUGAUGUCGACAAGUUGAAACUUCCGAAAGAUUUUUCACGCACAAUUUCCAAGACCUGUUAUAUAUAUUUCGUCAAAUUUAUUACUUACAAAGGGACACCGUUUAAAUGACCAAAGUGGGAAAGAUUUCGUGAAUGCAUUAAAAGAUUAUUAUUGCAAACGGCGUCAUCAGGGUUUAAUAAUGUCAGCUGGAGAAAUUAUUCCCAUCGCGCUUGGUAUCAUUACCGACCCACCAACGCUUGUCCUGACCUAUGACGAAGUUGUGGCACCAUCAUCCAAAGCGCAGAGAAGACAGCGAAGAAUGCCAAUCAGAUAUACUCCUCCACCAUUCACGGAUCGAUCGAAAGUCGAUUACGCUCACUUUCUCCUGAAACAAAAGCAUGGACCGUACUUACCGGAGGUCACGCAGGUCUUGGUGCCAAAGCUGUUGCGCGUCGUGCAAGAACUUAUGAAGGGAAUGGAAAUUAAGGAAGCCCUGGCGAAGGUGGAUUCCGAAUAUUCCGUCGACCCGGACAAAGAUUUGAAUAAAGUCAGUUCCGCAGAGCUUGCCCAAAACAAGUUAAUUAUGGAUGAAGACUUUCUUCGGAAACGUAUAAAACCUUCAGAUAAAGAUUACGUGUAUGAUAAAGUUGAGGAUUUCGAAACUGGUGGUGUGAAACAGAGGAGUGAAUGGGAUGAUGAUGAUGAUAAUAAUAACGAUAACGAUAAGGAAGAUGACAAGGCGAAAAUUAGUGAAGAUAGUGUCAAAGUCAGUAAAGAAGAUGUCAAUCUCAGUAUUGCACCAGUUGAGACGAAGCCUGAUCCAAAACCAAGUUUACAUGAGGAAAGUCUUGUAGAAACGGUACCAGCAUAUCCUUCCUUGCCGGAGAAAGUCGAACCCAGUGAAGAUCAAGUCUCUUUCGAAGAACAACUUUUAGUUUCAAUUUGCGACGGAGAAAUUGAAGACGACAAAUUACUUUCUAUCUGCGAUUUUGACAUAAGUCUUCCUUUUGGAGAUGGAGAAAAUAUUAUAUUUGGUAUGCCCCCUGAAAUUACUCGUGAUGAAAACGAGACACGAGAAGAAAGUCAAAGAAAUCGAGUAUACAUGCCAAGUGAAAGUGAUAAUGAUGAUGAUGACAAGGAUACCAGUAAAGUGGUACUUAAAAUGGCCCCUCAUACCGUAAUUGACAUCGGAAAUUCAGCUUUUCUCGGUGAUGUGUCCACUUUUCUCCGAGAAGAAAUUGAUGAUGAUAUUCCUAGCAUAAUUCCUUAUCCACCACCACCCACAGAUUUGCCCUUUUUAAGACGAGAAGAAGAAAACAAUCAGAAGAAAACUCUGGAGAAAGUAAAAAUUGUCCAAGAUUUUAAGGAUAUCGAGACUCCAGAGAAAGUCAGAAUUGCUGCCGAAUUUAAUAAGAAGGAAACUCCAGAGAAAGUCAGAAUUGUGGAAGAAUUUUUGAAAAUACCGUCUGAAAAACAAGUCAAGGUUAUACCCGGUGAAAGUACGAAAGAGAAAGUUGUGGACGAAACAAAGUUAACUGAUGAUAAGGUAAUCCCAAAACCAGUACCAGAUUCAGAUCACUUGGGGAAAAUAGAGAAACCGAAGCUUCUUGAGGACGACGACGAUGAAUUUUGGGGAUUGUAAAUAAAUUCAUAAAAUGAAAUUUAAACUUGCUGUUUGUUCAUGAAGACUUUAAAUUUGUGGUGCUAUUUUUUGGUGCUAUUACCAAAUUAAUAAAAAUUAAUGUUUCUACUAAAUGUUCAUCUUUGAAUCUCUUUAUUCGUAUCGUAAGUUCCACAAGUUUCUCAAAGUUUUUGGAAUUUAUAUUUUAUAUACAUGUUUUUAUCUUAAUGGAGGAACUGCUUCGGAGAAAUUCGUUUGUUCGCUUAAAUAUACUUUUAAUUAAAUCUUGUCAAGGGUUCAUCUUUUUGAUUUGCAAAAAAGGGGCUCAAAUAAGGUUAUUUGCAUCAUCAAU